CUCCACAACUCUGUGCCUUCCAAUCGCCAACCUCGUUGGAAGGUCUCGAGCGCUCAAGUGUAUUGAAACUUUGGGCGAACCCGCCCAAUUGUCUGCCUAUGCUUAAUCGAUUGCUGAGCGUUAUUUGAAGAUGCCUGCAAUCUGCAUCACGCUCUGGCACCGCACGGACACUUGAAAGGCCAAAGUCGACAUCGAUAACCAAUUACCUCUAUGGACCAACACGAUGAUUCGUCGCAUGACGACGGCCUCGGCGGCAACGGGGCCUUUUAUCGGCUGGGAGCGAACCAGAGCAAUGCUAGCAUAUUCGAGGACGUCGAGAUGGCGCAAGACGAGCUCUUCGCCGGGCCCGUAGCCGAAUCGCUUCCCACCAGUGUUUCCGCCUUCAGUCACCGUCGCACCCGUGCCGAUUCCAUAACGAGCUUCUCAUUCUAUCAGGACGAGGACGAUUCCGAGGAACUUAGAGAGGCUUUCGUGACUAGCAACGGGCAACCAUCCGUAGCCGAUCUCGACGAGCUACCAUUUGAGGACGACUUCGAAGAGCAGGACGACUCGCUUGAUAUCGAGUUCAACGACGCCUACGGCGAUCACGCCUCUCUCCGGAGGACCUCAACGCAAUCGAUGGGCUCCGUUCACAGCAGACUGCUUCGACGGCAGGAUAGUGGUGUAUCGGCUGGCAGCGGAUACGGCGCGAACCGCCACAGCCAGAAGCUGUACAUGGCAAACGAGGACCUCUACAUUGCCAUUGCGGGUUUUCGGACCAGCCGCUUCGGACUCGCAGUCUACUCACUCCUCUGCAUUCUCACGUGUGGCCUGGCGUGGCUCCUCUUCCGCUGGCUACCUCGAUGGCGUGUCAAGUUAGUCGGCAAGACGGCACCCCUACGCGAUUGCCAAUGGGUGGUUGUGGAGAAUCAGUGGAACGAGAUGGCGACAUUGAAUGUGGACUCGCGCCCGUACGAAAGGUCGUUGUCGACCGUCUUUGGAUCUCCUGGCAAGAUGGCGUCGUACUCCAUGGACGAGGACCAGGACCCUAUCGUUCGGCAUCUUCGAAUGAUUGAUUAUCGAUAUGUCCGACUUUUCUUCCAUCCCAUCAAGGACAAGUUCCUGCUUUGUGCCGGGUGGAAGGACCCCUUGUGGUCCAACGUUCGAGACAUUCGGGUUGGUAUCGACGGUGAGGAAAAAGCACACCGCGAUGUAGUCUUCGGCGACAACCUGAUCGAUAUCGAGGAGAAGUCUGUGUUCCGACUUCUGGUAGAUGAGGUGUUUCAUCCCUUCUACGUGUUCCAAAUCGCGAGUCUACUCCUCUGGUCACUGGAUGAGUACUACUACUACGCCAUUGCCAUAUUCGUCAUAUCUGUGGGUAGUAUCACGACGACACUCAUCGAGACAAAAUCCACCAUGAAAAGGCUCCGUGAGAUAUCUCGUUUUGUGUGUGACGUUAGAGUGCUUCGGAAUGGGUUUUGGCGCAACAUCCCCUCGAGCGAUCUCGUUCCGGGCGACGUUUACGAGGUCAGCGACCCGAGUCUCGGCCAGUUUCCAGCGGACAGUCUCCUCCUCAGUGGCGAUUGCAUCGUGAACGAAAGCAUGCUUACUGGUGAAUCCGUCCCCGUCUCUAAAAUCCCAGCAACCGACCAAACACUUUUAAGCUUGGACUUGUCGGCUUCCACUAUGCUUCCAGAGGUCGCAAAGAGCUUCUUAUUCUGUGGAACCAAGAUUGUACGUGCCCGGCGGCCGCAGGAAAACCAGGAUGGAGAAGCCGUGGCGCUCGCCAUGGCCGUGAGGACGGGUUUCAACACAACCAAGGGGGCCUUGGUGCGUUCCAUGCUCUUUCCCAAGCCCUCCGGUUUCAAGUUUUACAGAGACUCGUUCCGAUACAUCUCUGUCAUGGCUUGCGUAGCGCUGGUAGGGUUCACCGCAUCACUGGUCAACUUUAUCAGACUCGGGCUAGAGUGGCAUCUAAUUAUCGUCCGCGCCCUCGACCUCAUCACGAUUGUGGUUCCACCAGCGCUACCGGCGACCCUGACUAUCGGUACCACUUUCGCUCUCCGGCGGCUUAAAGCGAAGCAGAUCUUCUGCAUUAGCCCGCAGAGGGUGAACGUGGGGGGGAAGCUCGACCUGAUGUGCUUCGAUAAGACUGGGACUCUCACGGAAGAGGGGCUCGAUAUUCUCGGAGUACGCGUUGUUUCCCGGGCUGACAAUCGUUUUACCGACCUCCUGACUCAACCCGACGACAUUGUACCGGAUCACAGCACAAACCCCGGGGGCGUCGACCAUACCGACACGCGAAACGCGGCGUUGUACACGAUGGCAACCUGCCACUCACUGCGAAUUGUGGACGGGGAGCCCGUUGGUGACCCUCUCGACCUCAAAAUGUUCGAAUUUACGGGAUGGUCGUACGAAGAAGGAAACAUGGGAGGCGCCAAUGCCGACGACGAAGAGCAAGGCAACCUUCGCCCCUCAGUCGCUAAGCCGCCGACAACAAACGGCGUGGGGCAGGGCACGAGCGAAAAUGUUCCUCUUGAGCUCGGCGUCGAAAAGUCCUUCGAGUUUGUCUCCCAAUUGCGACGGGCCAGCGUCAUCGUGCGGACCUUUGGCCGGCCUAGCGGAGAUAUCUACGUCAAGGGCGCACCGGAGAGCAUGCGGGAAAUCUGUCGACCGGAAACAUUUCCUGCCGACUACGAAGAGCUCCUGUCCCAGUAUACCCAUAAAGGUUACCGGGUGAUCGCAUGUGCAACUAAACACGUCAAGAAGCUCAGCUGGGUGAAAGCUCAAAAGAUGAAACGCACCCAGGCCGAGUCCGAUCUUGAUUUCGUCGGGUUUAUCAUUUUCGAAAACAAGCUGAAGCCCACGACGGCCGCCGUGCUUAAGGAGCUCACCGAGUCCAACAUCGGGUCCGUUAUGGUCACGGGCGACAAUAUUCUGACCGCCAUUAGCGUGGCAAGGGAGUGCGGCAUGAUCAACAAGACGGCUCAUUGUUUCAUUCCCCGUUUCCUCACCGGCAACGCAAGAGAUCCCAACGCUAGCCUGCAGUGGGAGAGUAUCGACAACCAGGCUUACCAGCUAAACUCCAGAACCUUGCUGCCCCUGCCGGCUCCUGUGGAAUCGGAUGCGUCAUUGCCGUACGACAUUGCCAAUCUACGCAACUACUCGAUCGCCGUCAGCGGCGACGUCUUCCGCUGGGUAGUCGAUUACGCACCACCCGGAGUUCUACAGAAGAUGCUUGUCACCGGCAGGGUCUUUGCUCGCAUGUCUCCCGACGAGAAGCACGAACUAGUCGAGAAGCUUCAAAGUAUCGAUUUCUCCUGCGGCUUCUGUGGCGAUGGCGCGAACGACUGCGGUGCGCUCAAGGCUGCCGAUGUGGGCAUUUCGCUCUCGGAGGCCGAGGCAUCCGUUGCGGCUCCGUUCACGUCCCGAGUGUUUGACAUCCGUUGCGUGCCCGAGGUGAUCCGCGAGGGCCGAGCGUCCCUGGUUACCAGCUUCAGCUGCUUCAAGUACAUGAGCUUGUACUCGGCCAUUCAGUUUACUUCGGUCAGCUUCCUAUACGCCUCAGCCUCGAACCUCGGCGAUUUCCAGUUUCUCUUCAUCGACCUGGUGCUCAUCCUACCCAUCGCCGUCUUCAUGAGCUGGGCGGGGCCGUUCCCGGAGCUCUGCCGCAAGAAGCCAACGUCAGACCUGGUCUCACGCAAGGUACUCACCCCGCUGCUGGGCCAGAUCUUCAUUUGCAUCGCUAUCCAGGCGCUGGUGUUCUUGGCCGUCCGCAAGCAGCCGUGGUUUAUCCCGCCUGUCAUUGACCACGACCACUCAAACAUCGUAAAUUCGGAGAACACCGCCCUGUUCCUGACCUCGUGCUUCGAGUACAUUCUGUCGGGAGUGGUGCUCAACGCCGGUCGGCCGUUCAGACGCUCUGGACUGCACAACUGGCCGUUCGUUGCGACCAUUACCAUCACCUUCUGCAUCUCGUUGCUGAUGGUGCUGUACCCACCGGCGUGGUUGUUCAAGCUCAUGCAGUUCACAUAUCUCAGCUGGGACUUCAAGGCUGUGAUUAUCGGGCUCGGCAUGGCCUACUUUGCCAUUUCGUGGAUUGGGGAGCAUCUCGUGUUCCAGCGGCUCGCGCGGCUUGUUGGGAAGAUGAAGGUGUCGCUGCUUAAGAAGGGGAAGACAAGGAAACAGUACAAGGUGAUUCAGGAGCAAAUGGUAUUUUGAAAUUUGUAGAGUUUAAUGCAUUUGAAGCGGCGCUGGAUUUGUGUGUAUCAUAACACAGCAUUGGGAUUUUAAGCGGUUGACGAUGUUGAUUGCAAAAGCGCCUUGGAAUCCGACUAGAACUGGUUUUAUUGUAUUUUUGACAGAAAUCUAUGUUACUUGUUAUA